AUGGGGGAUGCCUUCAUCCGGCACAUCGAGCUGCUGGGCUAUGAGAAAAGGUUUUUCCCCAGCCAGCACUAUGUCUACAUGUUCCUGGUGAAGUGGAACGACCUCUCUGAAAAGCUUGUCUACCGCCGGUUUACUGAGAUAUACGAGUUCCACAAAGCACUGAAGGAGAUGUUCCCCAUUGAAUCCGGGGACAUCAACAUGGAGAGCCGGAUCAUCCCACACUUGCCAGCCCCAAAGUGGUUUGAUGGGCAGCGCUCGACCCAGAACAGGCAGGGCACACUGGCCGAGUACUGCUAUGCGCUGGUCAACCUGCCCCACAAGAUCUCCCGCUGCCUGCACGUAGUCAACUUCUUCAAAGUGCGUCCCGAUGACAUGAACCCUGUCACGGACAGCCAGAUCAAGAAGCCUGAGGUCUUCCUCCUUCCAAAGGAUGCCAAGAAGAGCCUCACGGACAUCACGGGCCCCAUCGUCUUGCAAACGUACCGUGCCAUUGCUGACUACGAGAAGAGCUCCAAAUCGGAGAUGGCUCUAACCACAGGGGACAUGGUGGACGUCGUGGAGAAGAGCGAGAGCGGGUGGUGGUUUUGCCAGUUGAAGAAUAAACGAGGCUGGGUGCCAGCAGCCUAUCUGGAGCCGAUGGAUGGUCCAGAUGAAGCUGAAGAGCAGGAGCCCAACUAUGCAGGGUGGUGGUUUUGCCAGUUGAAGAAUAAACGAGGCUGGGUGCCAGCAGCCUAUCUGGAGCCGAUGGAUGGUCCAGAUGAAGCUGAAGAGCAGGAGCCCAACUAUGCAG